CUCCUACCAACCUUAUUGUUAACAUCACACCCAAGUUUGGAUACCUAGACACAAUCCGAUUCACCAACAGAACGUCAACUACCCCUUACCUAAAUCCAUUAAACGUCACAAAAUGGGCAACGUACAAUGCCGGUUCCCAUGGCCCUCCUACAUCCUGAAACUACCCAACGAACUUCUCUCGGAAAUAUUCGCCCUUCUACCACACCCAACGAAAAACAUCGCGAGUGUUCGCUUAGUAUGUCGAAGAUUCCGCGACGUAAGUUCUCGCCAUCUCUGUCCAUAUUUCGUCGUCCGCAUGAGCGAAGAGUCUCUAGACUGCCUCAACAACAUAUCUCAACACCCUUUAAUCUCGAAAGGAGUCAAGAAACUCGGCAUAGAUAUAAGCACCUUCUCCGGCAUGUUAGCGAGAAACCUAGAUGAACUCACCCGAGUAAGCUGCAACGCUCUCGAAACAGCGAAGAAACCGAAGGGGUCCUCUGAUGAAGAUCCCCGCAUCAAAGAAGCGAGAAACAAACGGAACAAAGUCCUACAUUCAUGGUUAAGGUUGCGUAAGAUUGGGUUUGGCGGCGACAUCAACGACCUUAGUGACUGGGACCGGGAAAAUUUCGUGCUCAUCGAUUGGAUUUCCAAGGGCCAUUUACUUGCCCAUGAGGCACAAGAACGAGUUCGAGUCGACGGAAGUUUCGUCCGCAUAAUAGCCGAUGCGAUAGCUAGAAUGCCCCUUGCCAGGUCUAUUUACAUCUCCGAUUCGAACCCAUGGGAUCACUGCGCAUCAUUAACUGAAACCAUGGAAUCCUCUAUGAGCCUCAUUGAGAGUACGAUAUUGCCAAUGAGUUGGAGUACUGCGCACACCAUGGGAUGCGAGGGACCACCUAUUGAACUAUGUAGCGAGAUACCUUUGGCCAUCCACAAAGCGGGUAUCAUGCUAACGGGAGUUGGCUAUGAAAUUACAUGUUUCGAGGGGUUAUCCGGUCUUUAUGGUGAUAGUGGUAAAGUUCUUCAUGAUAUUACAACCGCCAUGCAACAGCUCGAGGACUUUCGCUUCGAUCUAGGCUACCCUUCGUUUUGGGAAUUCAUGGAAGCCCCGCAGGAAAAUGAAUGUCUCUGCAGCUUCUUGCGAGCUUUUAUGAAUACCGACUCAAUCCAAGAAAUGACUCUGAUGCUAAGGCGAUGUUUUAAAGGAAGCUUUCCUCUUGUCUCAACAUGGGGAUGGCCAAAUCUUCGUUAUCUAAAAUACUCGGGUUGUUUGGAUAGUGGUGAUGUGGCGAAGUUCUAUGAGAGAACCCAAGGACCGGUCGAGCUUCAUUUAGAUGCAUGCGAGCUAGUUGAUGGUUUCUGGCCUGAAGUUGCCGACAUAAUGCGCGCUAAUACGCGAUCAGAAGAGGGUAUCUACCCUACUAUUACGGAUGCGCUUGGGGGAGAAUACGGCGUCGACCCUUGGGCCUGGGUACCAGUGUUUGGGGACAAAAAUCGUUACGCGGAAUUUAACGAGACUAAAGCAUGGUGUGACUAGGAAUUGGCGGGGACUAUUUUUGACUUUGAUAUUGAUAUCUCGAGUCGUUUUCAUACCUUGUCGUCGGUAGUAUCUUAGGCUAGUUUCGAGAUGCCUGAAUAAAAAACGUGUUCCUGAAACCCAGCGUAAAUGUGAGUUGGUUGUCCUUAAGGAUUGAAUAUAUCUAUAUUUAUAUCCAAUAUAGAAAGAAGCGCGAAAUAAGGUGGUUUCGCGACGAGUUAGACCGGGAAUUGCCAAGGUCGGGGUUAUUUUAUACUACUACCUCAACGGAGGAGAGUCGUCCGAGAA